AAAUCGCGCCCUGCCUCUUGGGAGGCAAUAAUGCUGGCAGACGGAAACCUCAAAUAUGGCUACCUCCCCCUGGACGUGGAUGGCUACGAGGAAAUGUGCGAUGCCUACCUGGUGGUGGCUGGCCAGAGGUUCCCUGUGCACAGCGCUGUCCUGGGAGUUCACUCCCGGCUUCUGCGGAAGAUGACCAUCGACCUGAGGAACAACAGCGCAUCCUUGGGUAAUGAUGGGAAACUGGAGAUUCCCCUCGAUGAUUCGGUCUCUGUCAGGGACGUCACAAUGAUGUUGGCUUUUGUGUAUGGCCAUCGUCCGGAGCUGGAAUCG